CUCCCCACCCCCACCCUCCUCUCUCUCUCGCUCCCCAUCUCUCUCUCUCGCCGUCCCGUUCCCCCCCUGCCCCCGCCUCUCCCCGCCCUGCCGCCGCCGGCCCUGGCAGAGCAGGCACCGCAGGGGGAUCUCGAUGUAACACCAUGACAGGCAUCGCCGCCGCCUCCUUCUUCUCCAACGCCUGCAGGUUCGGGGGCUGCGGGCUCCACUUCCCAACCCUGGCGGAGCUCAUCGAGCACAUCGAGGACAACCACAUCGAUACAGACCCACGUGUAUUAGAGAAACAAGAACUUCAGCAACCAACCUAUGUUGCUUUAAGUUACAUUAACAGAUUUAUGACUGAUGCAGCUCGACGUGAGCAGGAGUCUUUGAAGAAAAAGAUUCAGCCAAAACUCUCUUUGACCUUAUCAAGCACAGUGUCCCGUGGGAAUGUAUCUACUCCACCUCGCCACAGCAGUGGAAGCCUUACUCCUCCAGUCACCCCUCCAAUCACUCCCUCCUCUUCGUUUCGCAGUAGUACUCCUACAGGUAGUGAAUAUGACGAGGAGGAAGUAGACUAUGAAGAAUCAGACAGUGAUGAGUCCUGGACUACAGAAAGUGCUAUCAGCUCUGAAGCUAUCCUUAGUUCAAUGUGCAUGAAUGGAGGGGAUGAGAAACCUUUUGCCUGUCCUGUUCCUGGAUGUAAAAAAAGAUAUAAGAAUGUGAACGGUAUAAAGUACCAUGCCAAGAACGGCCACAGAACGCAAAUCCGCGUACGCAAACCCUUCAAAUGUCGCUGCGGAAAGAGUUACAAGACAGCUCAGGGCCUGCGGCACCACACAAUCAACUUCCACCCCCCCGUGUCUGCUGAGAUUAUCAGGAAGAUGCAGCAAUAACAUGCUGGUCACAAACGUGCCAAGAAAUCCUCACCAGCAGUUGCUGAUUUUGAGAACAGCCACCUUUUUUCAGGGGAAGCAUUCAGCAACCCUUUAAAAAAAAAAAAACAAAAAACAAAACAAACAAAAAAUUAAAUGCAUGCUUUAAAAUUUUCUGUAAUUUUGGAAUGAUGUAUCUUUGUAGAGUUAAUGAUUUUGUACAUUUGCACAUGUAAUCAUCAUACCCAUUUUCAUUACUUUGAGAUAAGGUGCUAUAAAAGCUAUAGGUUCUUCAGAACAUUUUUUUUUCUCCAAAAACAAACAAACAAAAUAAAUAAAUUAGGGCGGGGGGCGGGGGGGGGAGCCCUGUCGCGUAUUUAGUUGUGCCGAAGCGUUGAGCAGGAGUGAGCGAGGAGGAGAGCUUGGCCCUGACCAUCCUUUCCAGAUUGUAAUGUGACGAAGACUUUUGCGAUGCAUCUGUCCCUGUGUGUGCAAAACCAAAACCAGACCACCCUCGUCAAAACGCUCGUUAACAUGCCUUACAUAACGAAGUUAGCAGUGGAGUAGCAAGUCUUUUAGGUAAUGGAAAUAUAAAUAAGAAAGAAUGUUUAACAUAAUAUGCUAAAAAUAUUUUCAUACUUAAAUAACAUACAUAAAAAGGUGUGCUUGCUGUAUUUUAUAUUAUCUUGCAAAUUUUUUUUUUUUCCCUUUUGAAAUGCUGAAAAUCUUGCCAUUCGAACUAGUAAACAAUCACUUUAGUGUUAGAAAUUACUACUUUUUUUUUUUUCUCUUGUACAAGAUGACAUACUCCGUUCAUGCCCAUCAGAC